CUCCCUCAUCCAAAUCCACACACUUUGUGUUUUCAUUAAAACCUGAAUCCAGCUGUGGAGGUGCAGCUGAUGUUGUCUGUGUCUGUCUGUGUCCACACGCCCCAGCUCGCGUCUUCUUCAGAGAAACCACAGCUUUGCUUCACUUUCUAACUCGUUUUCUUUUAUUCUUUCUUUUCUUUUUGUCUUUCUUUUUCUUUUUUGGCUGUUCCUCAUCUCCACAGCUCUCCAUCACUCGGAGGAGCCGCGCGCUCAGGACGCCAGAUGCUGCGCUUUUACGCAAAACGGACCAAAAUGGCCAAAUCUCCGCCGUCCCUCGGGUCGCAUUUACGGAUUAUUCAUUACCUCUUUCUGCUGUAUGUGAUUUCAGACAGAGUGUUUGGCUCUAAUAUCUGCACCUCUCGGGGAGCCAGUACAUGCCAGCAGUGUUUGGCAGUGCACCAUUCCUGUGCCUGGUGCUUCCAAGAGGAUUUUGGGUUAAAUGGGCCAGGAGCAUCACGCUGUGAUUUAAAGGAGAACCUGAUUGAAGCGGGAUGCAGAGCAGAUGAAGUGGAGUAUCCCAUCAGCCAGAUGAUUGUUACCGAGAACAAACCUCUGAGUGACAAGGCCUCGGGAUCCACCACUGACAUCACACAGAUCCAGCCACAGAAAUUGCACAUCACUCUCAGACCUGAUGACUCGCGGACGUUCACGCUGCAGGUGAGGCAGGUCAAAGACUACCCUGUGGAUCUGUACUAUCUGAUGGACUUGUCCUACUCCAUGAAUGAUGACCUGACACAGCUGAGGAAGCUGGGAAAUAGACUGGCUGUGGAGAUGAGCAAAACGACCAGUAACCUGCGUAUGGGCUUCGGUGCUUUCGUGGACAAACCUGUAUCACCGUAUAUGUACAUCUCCCCACCAGAAGCUGUGAAGAACCCAUGCUACUCGAUACCAUACAAAUGCCAGCCGCAGUUUGGCUACAGACAUGUCCUGUCUCUGACGGAUCAAGUGAACCGCUUCACAGAGGAAGUAAAGAAGCAGAAGGUGUCUCGGAACAGAGACGCCCCAGAAGGAGGCUUUGAUGCCAUCAUCCAGGCAGCUGUAUGCAAGGAGAAGAUUGGUUGGCGUCCGGGUGCUUCGCACUUGCUCGUGUUUACCACAGAUGCCAAGACUCAUGUAGCGCUGGAUGGACGCUUGGCUGGCAUCGUGCAGCCUAAUGACGGCCAGUGUCACAUGGGUGCAGAGAACGUAUACAGCAUGUCCACUACAAUGGACUACCCGUCUCUGGCUCUGAUCACAGAGAAAAUGUCAGAGAACAAUAUAAAUCUCAUAUUUGCUGUGACCAAACCUGUACUGUCACUUUACAAGAAUUACAGUGAUCUGAUACCUGGUACUGUGGUGGGGACUCUAUCUGAGGACUCGCGCAAUGUGAUCCAGCUGAUCCAAGAUGCCUACGCUAAACUUCGAUCUAAGGUUGAGCUCGAGCUCUUGAACGUGCCUGAAGAAUUGAGCUUCUCCUUCAAUGCCACAUGUUUAAAUAACGAGUUCAUCCCUGGACUCAAGUCUUGCUCUGGGCUCAAGCGAGGAGAUCAGGUAUCGUUCAGUGUUGAGGUCCGCGCCAGGGGCUGCCCAAAGGAGAAGACCAAAACUUUCACCAUCAAACCUGUGGGCUUCAAAGACACACUCCAGAUCACUGUUGACUUCGAGUGUGAGUGUAAGUGUCAGGCUCAGGAGCAGCCCAACAGCCCUAAGUGUAACCAAGGCAACGGUACCUUCGAGUGUGGCAUCUGCCUGUGCCAUCCAGGACGACUGGGUCCGAGGUGUGAGUGCGCCGAGGGGGAUUACAGCCUGAGUGAGCAGGACAUGUGCAGCGGCCCGAACAAAGUGAUCUGCAGCGGGCGCGGGGACUGUGUGUGCGGUCAGUGUGUGUGUCACAACAACGACUUUGGAAAGGUCUGGGGGAAGAGGUGCGAAUGUGACGAUUUCAGCUGCCUGCGUUAUAAAGGAGAGCUGUGCUCAGGUCAUGGCACGUGCUCAUGCGGUUUCUGCCAAUGUUACCCGGACUGGUCAGGGGAAAACUGUAACUGCUCCACCCGCACAGAUACCUGCAUGUCCAGCCUGGGGUUACUGUGUAGUGGCCAUGGUCAGUGUGUGUGUGGAAGCUGUGAGUGUACUCAGCCCGGGGCCUAUGGCUCCACCUGUGACAAGUGCCCCACCUGCCCUGACGCCUGCACUAUAAAAAAGGAUUGUGUGGAGUGUCAGCAUUUUCAGAGAGGAAAGCUCUUUGAGGAAGACAGCUGUGCCCGGAUUUGCAGAGACGUGAUUGAGCUGGUUGAUGAUCUCUAUUUGCACGAUAAGAAUGCUGUGAACUGCACCUACAAGGACGAGGACGACUGUGUCCAGAGAUUUCAGUACUAUGAGGAUAGUAGCGGGAAGUCCAUUCUGUUUGUGGUAAAAGAGCCAGACUGCCCUAAAGGACCUGACAUCCUGGUCGUUCUCCUCUUUGUUGCUGGAGCUAUACUAAUCCUGGGUCUCGUCGCCUUGCUCAUCUGGAAGCUGCUGGUGACGAUUCACGACCGCCGUGAGUUUGCCAAGUUUGAGGAGGAGCGAGCAAGAGCCAAGUGGGAAACGGGCCACAAUCCUCUUUACAAAGGUGCAACUUCAACGUUCACGAACAUUACCUAUCGAGGAAAGGAGUGAUCAUCACUGGAGUUACUGAAGAUCGUCCUCUUUUGGUUUCCUUUGUGUUAUUUUCCUCCAGUUGGAGCAUUGUUGUUGCCGUUUAUGUGCAGGAUGUACAUUUUCUUGUGUGUAAAUAUAACAGUUGUGUGCAGAGACAGUGAAUCAUCAUGACAUACAUCAAGUCUCUUCUUUCUUUCACUUCCUGAUGAGAGGAACAAAAUGAUGAUGGUCUGUGCUGUGUUUUAAAACUGUUUCUGUCAGAUGAUGUGGUAACGUUGACCUGUUGAAUAUUUUCUCUCUGUUAUCUGCUUCACGCUUGGAUGUCAGGAUCCAUUACUUAAAAUGUGGUGUCACACAUGUCGAAAGAGCUUUUUAUGCUUGUUAAAUGUUCUGUAAAUACGUAGAGGAUUUUUACACGGUAGCGCGAAGAUAUGGAGUUUAUCUUCAAGUGGUGAACAUGUUCACGAGUGAGUGAAGUGAACGAGUGAAAAUCUUUUCAUUAUGAGAAGAUAAACUUCAUAUCUUUGUGCCACUGUGUGAUGUUCUUUAUAUUAUAUGGACACAGCCACACAAAAAAUAAUAUGCAAGUUAUUCAAAAGAAUUUUAAUUUUGAACCGGUUCGCCAUUUUGACAACACACGUCUCGUCAGCAGGAAAACAUUGGGAGUGACAUCAUCGGAGUGAAAUAUCAGGAAUUAUUAUCCAUACAGGACACUUUUUCCGUGGAAUAAAAACGUGUUCUAUUCCCUUUGAGUGGGUUUCAUUCAUUUGGUUUGAUAGCAUGCAAUAUUGUUAGCAUAUCGCUUAUCCUACGUGUAUUAUGUCACUCUACCCAAUGGAGAAUGAGCGUUGAAUAUGGUUUACGAUAUUGCAUGGUUGUCAAGACAACAUGACGUCACACGUCAGAGACGUAAAACUUCCACGCUAGCGAGUGAAUGGGACAAUUUGUAAACAAACAUGGCUGCCAGGUUUGCUUUGUUAAAUACAGAAGAUUUUGAGAGAAUUUUGAAAGAGAAAGAUGCGUUGAACACCCGAAAGGAAUGUAUUAUUAUUAUAAUAAUAAUAAUAAUAAUGGCUGGCUUUUUUCCGUGGUCUAUCAGAUAUAUUCCAUUCAGCUACUCAUCUUUGACUUGUUCAGUAUCAUGCUCGCUGAAAGGAAUAUAUCUGAUAGACCACUCAACACCAGCCAAUAUUAUUUAAAUAUGUCACUCAGAUCCGUGAUGUAUUUCGUCUGAAAAAUGUGAGUUUUCAACACAAGAAGAUAAACUUCAUAUCUUCCAGCCCUUCCAUCCAUCUAUCCAUCUUCUACUGCUUAUCCGGAUCCAGGUUGCAGGGGUAGCAGCCUAAGCAGAGCUGCCCAGACUUCCCUCUCUCCGGCCACCUCCACCAGCUCUUCCGGGGGAAUACUGAGACGUUCCCAGGCGAGCCGAGAGAUGUAAUCUCUCCAGCAUGUCCUGGGUCUACCCCAGGGUCUCCUCCCAGUGAGGCAUGCCCAGAAAACCUCCCUUGGGAGGCGUCCAGGGGGCAUCCUAACAAGGUGCCCAAACCACCUCAACUGACUUUGCUCUUUGUCUGACCUCUCAUCUAGGACCUGUUUGCCUUGGGAGACCUUACCAGGGGCAAUUGCCCCGACAACAUAGCUCCUAGAAUCCCUGAGGCACUCAAACCCCUCCACCAUGUUAAGGUGGCGAUUCAAGGAGGGGUUUGGGUUCAAGCCGAUGUGUGAUUUUCUUUUUAUUAUAUUGACAUAUUCACAAACAAAAAGUCCCCAAAUUUAUCAAAACAGUUCAUCGAUUUCCUCACGAGUAACAGAUAGAGAUUUCUGUCCCGGUUUUGAUUCUCCAUGUCCCGGAUGGAGCUCGGAUGAAAAAUAUGAGUGGUGAGUGGCGUAUUUCCCAGUAAAACACUCGUGUCCAUAUAAUAUAAAUGCAUAUGUUAAGUAUGGAAUAAAACACGUCUAUAGGAAAAUAAUCAGUUAUAGGUUGGUGUGAUGAAGUGGAGUUACUGAUACCACCGUGAAGUUGAUUAUUUCUCAAAAACAGCACAUGUGGAAGUGUUUUAUUCCUCUUAUAUCACAGCAAUUUAAAGAAAAAAAUGUAUUAUAGAAUGACACAUCAAACUUUUUAUCUGUUUAUAGUUGCAUAUCCUGCUGUCACUUGCAUUAUAGCAGCUACAAACAGUUGAUCCCUCAUCAGCCUCGUUUUUUUUUUUUUUUUUUUUCAUUUUAACAAGACAAAUAUUGUGCCAUGGUACUGAGAAACUGCAAAGCGCAGCAUCCUUUGCCUUAGACAUUUCCCUUGCUGGAAAAACUUAAAGAAAACUGAGUUGCAGCUUUACCUCUGCCUGUUGUGAAGCACUGACACUGGAGACUCCUUCCAUAAAUAAACAUUUCUUUAUCUUUGUU